AUGAAGAUGAGGGUGAAUAUCUUCAGCUGCCUCUUAGCCUUUAUUAUGGGCUGUAAUUUCACUGCAGGAUUCAUCCAUGAAGUUGUUGAGGAAAAGAAACCGGUCUCUCUUCGGUGUCCUCACCCUGUGAUGGGUAAAGUGACGUGGAGCAGAGAGAAUAGAGGAAGUAAUGUUGACAUACUUUCAGCUGAUGGUGACGGACAGAAAAGAAUCAAUGACCCAGGCAAACAUUAUGAUUCACAAGCAGAUGAAUUUAGAUCACUGUACAUAAGCAGAACAAAUGUUUCAGACUCUGGAAGAUACUUGUGUAACAAUGAACCAGCCGUGGAGCUGACGGUGAUCCCAUCAGGAACAAUCACACUCCAAGCUGCAGUAGGAACCAACAUCAAUCUAAUGUGCCCUUUUGAUGUUUCUGAGACGCAUCUUCCAACAUGGACCAGGCAAAAUAGUGACAGAAAGUUCAGUGACAAUCAGAUGGGACAAACGUUGACUUUAACAGAUGUGCAGUCUGACGACACUGGACUUUACUACUGUGAUGGAAAACCAGUUGCAUAUCUGACUGUGAAAGAUGAUCAGUCUAAGAGAGCUGCUCCUGGACUUGUUUUAAUGCUUCAGGUAUUCCUCCCCCUCCUCUUCAUCACUUCCAUCAUCCUUCUCCUCAUUUGGAGAUGCAGGAACAAAAGAGGAGGAAGUGGUGAACAACAGGAUGCGACUGUCUAUGCUGAGAUAUCAGACGGAUCUGUGUUUGAACCUGCUCAAGGUGGGUCAAACCAUCAUAGUUGCACAUACUCCAUCAUCCAUGAAGCUCCAGCACUGGAAAACAACUCUGAGAUUUCUCAGUCCAAUGAGCCCAUUUAUUCUCUGAUCGACAAACCAAAUUAAGAAAAUCCUCAGGACUUAAUAAAGAAUGUGUCACCAUCUGCAACUGGACAUCCAUCCAGCAGCUCUGCUAUUUAUGUUAUAAAUUGUGUUUUAGCAACAUUUAUUUUAAAAGAAUAAAAAAAAAACACAAACAAACAAAAAAUGUAUAUAUCAGCACUCUGUUUUAUUAUUUUAAUAGGUCCAAAGUUAAUUUGACUCUUUCGAAUUUAUAAUUUUAUUUAAGUUUGUGUGAAUUUGUUAUUAAAAUAAUGCAAUAAAUCAUAUUUUUGACUUUGAUUGACAGAUACAUCUGAACAAAUCUGUGGUACCCAGAAUAAAAGGAGCCUAUUCCAGUUGACUUCGGGGUGAGAGGCAGGGUACACCCUGGACAGGUCGCCAGACUAUUGCGGGGCUAAAACA